ACGAUUACAUUCAUCCGCACGGACUUUACUAGCCACUCACCGCCAACACCAACAAAAACGCCACCAGCGACGUACGCUGAUAGAAUUAAAAAGUCAAGAUGGCGACAGAGGGUCAGUUCGAGUACGAAUCGGUCCUCUGCGUCAAACCUGAAGUCAACGUGUACAGGAUUCCACCGAGAGCAUCUAACCGGGCUAUCAGGGCUGCUGAUUGGAAGCUGGACGCUCCUGACUGGUCGGGGCGCAUGCGAGUGGUGGCUCGGGGGAAAGUGGCCUACGUCAAACUGGAGGAUAAAAUGUCUGGGGAGCUGUUUGCCCAAGCACCCGUGGAAGAGUACCCUGGCAUCGCCGUGGAAACCGUGAGCGACUCCAGCCGAUACUUUGUGCUCCGCAUCCAGGAUGACAAUGGCCGCAGUGCCUUCAUUGGCAUCGGGUUUGGAGACCGAGGGGACGCCUUUGACUUCAAUGUGGCACUGCAGGACCACUUCAAGUGGGUCAAACAAGAAAAUGAGUUCACCAAACAGGCGCAGGCUCCAGACUCCACUCCUAAACUCGACCUGGGCUUCAAAGAGGGACAAACCAUUACGCUCAAUAUCGGGCAAUCCAAAAAAAAGGACAGGACUCGUCCACAGAGUUCAGGUGGCUUCGGAAUCCUUCCACCUCCCCCCGGAGGCAAGCUGGCCCCACCCCCUUCUUCAUCUAGAUCUAAUAAUCAUAACACGCAGCAGCCAUCUGCAGUAGGAAAUGACACGGGUUGUUUGUUGGAUCUGGACUCCAGUAACUCCAACUCAGUGGCAGUGUCCAAUCCACCGGCGGUGACAGCCAGCUCGGACCUGUGGGGAGACUUUGACUCCCCCAAGUGAGUUGAGGUUCCCUCCCUGUACCUCUUCCCCCCCCCCCCCCCUCUCAGUAACAUUAUGCAGCACUUUGGCGUCGUUGCUUUCCCCUUUCAAGGGGGUCCCUACUGCUCCCUGCCGCGCAGGGUAAAAAGCCCUCACACCCCUCGUGUACUGUACCACCCACUUUAAGUUCUAACGCUCAACACUAGUACACCUGGCUGCUCAGAUUUCCAAUUUAGAGCGUCUGGUUUAGUCCCUCAUUCUAACUGUGAACAUGAUAAAUGUACUGAAGGCUGAUGCAGUGAAUAGAACAAUUAAUGCAUUUUCUGUACAUUUCAAAUGUGUAUAUAUAUAUAUGUACACACAUAUAUACAUAUAUACAUAUAUGUGUAUGUUGUCUGUGUUGUAGCUUUAUUUAUUAUUUGCACCGUCAGUCUGUCUGUAUGUGUUGUUGUAUGGGCUUAUACUGUACUUUUGCAGUGUUGUCUGUAGCACCCUCUAGUGCCCUCUUGGGGCACAACAGCAAUACUAGCAAUGCAGAAAUGAUAGAAAAGCUGCUGUCCCAAACUGGGAGAUGUAAAUCAAUGCACUGCGACACAUGGAAGCAGACAAGUAUUGUGGCUUAUCUCCCGGUGGGGGGCUGUGGAUGUCAGCUAAGCCCAGAUUAGUCGCUUGCAGAGAUUGCGACCUCUGUCCCGCUUAGCGAUGAAGUCUUGUCUGUCACGACUGACCUGAAACAAAACACGGAGUGCUGAACUCCAGGUUUUGGGCUGAUGCAAUGUGGGGACCAAGCUUGUGUUUGUAAAGUGCAGUGUUUUUCUUGUUAUUGUUGCUGUUAUUGUUGUUUACAUGCAGAUGGAUUUGCUUGUUUUGUGACAGAAGUGCAAUGAAGAUGGACAAACUCACCCAACAGAGUGUUUUACUCCCCCUAAUGUGAUUUGUUGUUCCAAAUGUGUGUAUGGAGAUAUGCAAAGAUAAAUAUACCACAUCUACAACCUCCAUGGGUUUUAUUUCUUCCAGGCGAAAAAUCAAGUGUAUAAUUGCAACAGUGCAUGGGAUACAUAAUACAUCAUCACUUAGCACGGGGGUGUCCACGCUUGCUGAAAAAUGAAAGGAUGCAACUUUGCCACUUUGGUAUUUUGUAAAUAUGCUCAGAAAUUAUUUGUAUAUGUCAAGAAAAAACUACAUCUCGGCUCUACGAUAUCCACUAGGUGAUAAAGCCUAUUACUAGUAUCAACUUUGGUCUUUGCUCUUUUUUUUCCACACAUUUUCUUUAAUUUUGCAAAUAUUUCAACUUUUUUCUUAAAUAAUCUUCACAUAUUUUCUUCUCGUAAUAUUUUGACUUUAUUCCCAUGAAUAUUAUAACUUUUCCCCAACCUAAUUUUCCAGAAAUUACAACUUUAAUUUUGUUUUCUUUAUUUCUCACAAUAUUAUGUAAUAAAAAAACAGAUUGGUUUUUCUUUAAUAUUUCACCUAUAUACUACUAAAAAUGACAUUAUUUUUCCACAUAUUACGAGGUUAUUGCAACUUUUUUCUCGUUAGAAUACAACUUUUUUCUCUUAAUAUUUUAAUUUUAUUCUCUAAAAAUUACAGCUGUUUUUUUCCAUUUUUGCAGGUUUUUUUUGUAAUUUUCCAAAAAUUACAAAUUAAUUUUGUUUUGUUUCUCACAAUAUAAAUUUUUUUUAAUUAACAUUUUUUUUUCCAUUAAUUUAACUGUUUCAAAAUGUUUUAAAAUUCAAUUAAAUUUUUAAAUUUUCCCACAUAAUGUCACAGGUUUAUUCUCUUGAAAUUGCAACUUUUUUUCUCGUUAGAAUACGACUUUUUUCCUCUAAAUUUGACUUUGUUCUCGUAAAAUUACAGCUGUUUUUUAUUCAGUUUUGCAGUUGUUUUUUGUUGAAUUUUCCAACUAUUUCUGCUUUCUUCUUGUAAAUUUCAAAAUAAUUAUGAUUUUGUUUCCAUAAUAUUUUGACUUUAUUCUCGUAACAUUAUAGCUUUUUUCCGCAAUAUAAUUUUGUAAAAAUUACAACUUUAUUUUCUGUUUUGUAUGUUUCUCAUAAUAUUACAAGUUUUUUUAAAAAAUCAUGUUUUUUUCUUUAAUAUUUCUUCUCUAUGCGACUAAAAUGACAUUAUUUUCUCUCAUAAUAUUACAACUUUUGUAAAAUGACUGCUGACCUUUCCAUUUUUGCUGAUCUUUCUUUUGAAAUGAUAUGUUUUGAAUGUGCAGCGGGCCACACUUGGGACACCCCUGAGUUAGCACCUUCCGAUAUGAAACAGAGCAGGUUUGAGUGCUACUAGUGUGGAGCCUAGAAAGAAGCGUGCCUGAUGUGAUCCAUGGAAUGCUCAGUACUCAGACAGUUUCAAGUUAGCGCACAUAAAUAUAGCUGUGACUCGGCACACGCGUGUAGGCACGGACUACUGGAUUUGUGUUACGACUGUCAGGCCUUGUUGGCCCAGGUCUUGGAGUUGCCGCUGCGAUUGCGACAGCGUUUCCUAUUGGAUGACCUCUGGAUGCGCCUGGGCCACCCGGACAACUCUCUGCACAGCUCAGCUGUCACACACACACACACACACACACACACAGAGAGGAGGUUUGAGUGUGGAUGAAUGGCAGGUGAAGACACCCUGGCUGGCUCACCUUUCAGGUCCUCCUCACGCUGGCACACCGUCCUCAUACAAAUCUCAUUGUUGAUCACGUAGACACGAGGGAGGCUGCGUCACAAACAACCAUCACAACUCAUAAUUACACUCUAACUGGUCAACUAUCAUGGAAACAAUAGGAAACAGUCAGGCUCAGUACAAUGUAAGCUAUACACGAAUCCCUCGUUUAUGGCAGUUAAUUAGUCCCAGAACCAACUGUGAUAGGUCAGUUUCCACCAAGUAGCAUUCCUUAUUUAUAAGUGGAAUAUUUUCAUAGUUAGAGCAUAGAAAACCUGUUUAUCACCUUCUAAAUGCUCUUUUUAACAUUAUUAGAGCCCUCUCGAUAUGAAAUAACACCCCUAUAGUCACCUUUACACUCCAAUUGCCGGAUAUAGUAAACAUAAUAAGAGAAAAUAAGACGUAUAAGUCAUAGAAGACCUGUUUAUGGCCUACAUACAGGUCUUUAAUGUUAUUAGAGCCCUCUACACAUGAAAUAACACGACUAUAGUCACCUUUACACUCCUAUUACCCAAUAUACUGUAGUAGACAUAAUAAGUGAAAAUAAGACAUAUAAUUAAUAGUAAACCUGUUUAUGACCUUCGACAUAUGCUUUUAAUAUUAUUAGAGCCCUCCAGACAUGAAAUAACACCCCUGUAUGACAUAUGAAAUGAAAUAAUUUGAAAUAGAAUGAAAUAACACCCCUAUAGUCACCUUGACGCUCCUAUUACCCAAUGUAGUAGACAGAUAGUUCCUGCAGUGGCCAUUGCCACUCGAUGUCAGUAUCGCUCUGCAAAUGCCUUCCUGAUCCUUCUGUCGGGCGACUCAAAGGGGGAGUAGCUUUACUUUAUCUUACUUUUAUUCUCCGGCGGUUCCCUUCUCUUUAUACUCGUACGACGAUUAGGAAUGUUAAAUUGUUACUUAAACAUUGCCCGUGCACAUCAUGAAGGUCAGGCCACUUGAAGGGAAAGUAUAGUUUGGCUUUAUUUUACUUGUAUUUGGCAAUGGUUAACUUCUUGCUUGACCGUGUGAAGAAAGGUCAGGCUGACUAAAAGGAGAGUCAUUUUGCUUUGUUUUAGUUGACACGCAUGAGCGUUAACGCUACUUAAAGCGUGACGUAACGCGUGGAGUUCAUAGCGGGCUGAUGAUAUGACACGCUUUUCAACACAGACGGCGAGUAUGUCAUCAAGACGUUUGGGUGCCAAAGUGCUAACAGUCAAGUUCAAAUGUCAGUUUCGGCAGCUCUGCUUGAUUUAUUUGCUUUUAUGCUACUUUUUACAAUAGAAUUACCCCAGAUGGCAUCUAACUAGCUAAGCAUUUUAAAUGCAAAUACCUCACACUCACAACAUAACAUCAUAACAUAGCAAUUGAUAAAUGAUUAAAUAUUAUAUAUAUAUAUAUAUAUAUAUAUAUAUAUA